CACAUAUGAGCUCAAUUUCCUGUCACAUGCACUUUGUGACAAGACCGCUAUUUAAUGACCAGGGAUAGAAAACCUGCCUGAUUUUAUUCUUGUAUCCUUUUCUACUCCAACUCCUUGAGGUGUGAGUGUGUGUCUACCGAGAAACUUGUACUUAAAAACAAAAAGUUUUAAAUAGCAAUUGUAAGUUUGUCUUAUCAGACUAUUGAUAAAUAUUGUUUCUAUUGCAUGUGAAUUUCAGACAAGCGUUAUCUGAGGUGACCGCAGCCUUGCGUGAGCGGUUACUUCGCUGGCAGCAAAUUGAGAAAAUUUGUGGCUUUCCAAUCGUGCACAAUUCGGGAAUGCCGAGUCUGACCUCCGUUCUGUAUUCUGAGCACAGUUGGGUUGUCAUGCCUCGAGUCUCUGUGCCACCAUAUCCAAUAGCUGGUGGAGUAGAUGACUUGGAUGAAGAUACGCCACCAAUCAUUCCACAGUUCCACUCAGUAGCUCAUAGUAAACUCAAUUACAAUUUACCAAAAAGCAGCAAUCAAGGACGCAGUCGGAGGACCAAUGUUAUUUCUUCGGGACUUCCACCUUCCGUGCAGUCCUCCACUCCUGAUAUCUUCGUAACAAAUAGCUAUUCGACCCUUCGUACUGAGGAGGAUGAAGAUGCCAUAUUCUUCACAGCUGACAGGAAUUGGUGACUAGAUUUUUUUGUGUGUUCUGGAAUGAGUUGAAACAAAUUAAUAUUUCUUUAUUGCUUUGUUCAGCCGUGAGAGAGCAUUGUGGAAAUUAAAUGAGGACUCAGUUAUUUUGCCAUUGUUAGGCAUAAAUACCCCAAAACAUGAACUGUACAAGCUUACUGAUAAUACAGCGUGCAGGUGACUAUAAAUUAGAGACAAUUCAGAUAAAUUGGAAUAAAAUUUGGAUUUUCAAAUUCAUAUUGCAUGGAUUACCGGUCAGGCCCUGGAAAAUGUGCAUGUUUACAUAUCCUAAUGUGGAUUUAAAUCCUGGGAUUCAUCAGUUCUAUGAAGGGAGAGACUGGAUCUAUUCCCAUUAAGUGAACUUUCAUGUCUUAGCCUACUUAUCACAGAACUGUAACUAAGCUGCAACAGAUAGGAAUAAAAAAUUCUAAUAUAGCAGUGGUAGAAAAUUCCAUGAGAAUAACCCCUACAAGACUUAAAUUGCCAUCUUGAAUCAAUAAUUUAAAUUGUACAAAUAUUUGAGGAUAGUCUGGAGAGCUUUACAUAAGCAUUUCAAUUAAUAUAUGUCUGUAACUGUGGAUAGCCAUCAUCUGCCUCACUAGAGUUCCUGGAGUUCUCCUGUUCUAUGUGAUGGUCAAUAUGCACAUUUUGCAUUUUCAAAAUGACCAGUCUGAGACUAGUUGUGUUACUUUAAAACAAUGAGUAAUUUAAAACGGUGCACUUUAUAAAUUGGCGUAACUGCACAACAUGCCUAUCUGUGUGGUUUCCCUAUUUACUGAGUUCUCCAAAAGGGAGGGAAAAGCAGAGAGUGAGCUAACCUGAGCCAGUCUUGUACAAAUCCCCUAGGAAGUGCUGGCUAAACAGCAUGGCUAAAGGCAUGGCCAAGUAAUGAUGCACCUUGUGCAAGUUUCUAAACGGAUACCCUUGAAAGGGUAACUGAUGAUGCCAAUCGGAUUUCAGAAGUCUGCAGAAUGUUUAUGAGCCUUUAAUCUGUUAAUCUGAAUAUAAAACCACUAUUCAAAUACUCCCUAUUAACAUCUAGCACAGAUGAGCAAAUUGGGAAGAACAUGCAAAAUUCAACAUCAGUUUUUGGCCCGUUAUAGUGCGUUGCAUAUUUAAGCUUCAUUAUCCAUUUUUUUCCUUUAUACAAAAGUUUGUUCUGCAUCUGUAAUAGCGUGCAAUUGUUAGAUGGAUUGAUGGGGGAAUCAGGAAGAAAAGCUUUGCGUUAUGGUCUGUAAUGGAAAAAUGCACUGGUUUUCUUCCAGUGAGAUUGCUAUCACUAGGGGUAAGGGUACUGAGCCAAACUACUGAGAUUAAAGACAGAUGAAACUCUAGGGCCUAAUGGCCUACAUUCUAGGAAGGAAGUGAUUGUGAAUGCGUUGGUUUGAAUACGCCAGAAUUUCCUGAAUUCUGGAAAGGUAUCAAUAGAAUGGAAAAAUACUAAUGUAACGUCUAUUCAAAAAAGGAUGGAGACAGAAAGUAGAAAACUAUAGACCAGAGAUAGUAGGAACUGCAGA